AUGAGUGUCAAUCUUGCCCUUAUCCGUUUUAUCUAUCCGCACAACACGAUCGGUAAAGGCAUCGCCUUAAAUGGGCUUGUGAUUGGACUAGGCGUCGCUUCAGGGCCGUCCAUCGGAUCACUGGUUCUUGAAUUUGCUUCGUGGCAAUGGAUUUUCUGGGUCAAUCUGCCGGUCGGUCUGCUUGCACUUGUUCUUGGCUGUUUCACUCUUCCCCCGACGCCCCUGUCUGAGCGUCCACUGAACCUGAAAGCAAUCGUGCUCAGCAUCGCGGCAACGACUUUAACGGUGAUCGGGAUUGACUCACUUGUGCAUGGCGGUCGGGCGGGCGCCGGCUUGCUCACGCUUUUGGGUUUUAUUUGCGGCGUGUCGCUCAUUCGACUGGAGAAGAACGCCCGCACACGUGUCGUUCCGACGGAUCUGCUUCCGAUACCGGAUAUAUUCCUGGCAUUCUGCGUGAGUGGUCUCGCUUACGUGGCCACCAACCUUUACAUCAUUGGCCUUCCGUUUACUCUGGAAACGGUCUUCCACCGUGCGCCGACCGUCACGGGUUUUUUGAUUACGCCCUGGGCGUUAUCUGUUGGGAUCACAUCUUACCUGAUCGGCAAACUGGCCGAUCGCUGGCCGGCCGCCCUGAUCGGCGGUAUCGGGCUGGCGAUGACGGCGACGGCUUUUUCCUUCUAUGGUGCCUGCCGGUGA